GUGUUCAGUUGGAGAUGAUGCUAUUCCGUUGCAUCAGUACCAUCUAGCUUGGAAAUCCCACCGGGGCUCCUUUGUGCUGCUUGUGCUCCAAAGGCUGCAGAUCUUGUAAAAAGAACGCUUCUGCGUCACCCAAGAGCGGCCACAAUAUUAAAACAUAAAAAUCAAUUCCUUCACUAAACCGGGCAGGCAGCCACAGAAAGAAAGUGUUUCUGUCUCCGCCAUUUUUUCUAUCUGAAGGUGAAGGUUCCUCCUUACAAAAGGAGACAGAUCAGUUUUGGGACUAAACCCUUAAGGAACUAUUUACAUCGGGGAAGAAAGGAUGGUGAAACUGGGGAACAAUUUUAAUGAAAAGAAUGCCACAAAGCUCCCUGCCUGUGAAGAUGGAUUCGACACCAUCCCCCUGAUCACACCCCUGGAUGUCAAUCAGCUGCAGUUUCCACCUCCUGAUAAGGUUGUUGUGAAAACUAAAACAGAGUAUGAGCAAGAUCGCAAGAAGGGAAAAUUUCGUACUCCAAACAUUGCUGAGUUCACAAUCAGUAUCACUGAAGGGGUGUCGGAAAGAUUUAAGGUCCUUGGCCUGGUUCUUUUCGCAAUUGCAUUUUUAACUUGUGUAGUCCUUUUGGUGGGCUACAAAGUUUACAAGUAUGAUCAUACCUGCCCAGAAGGAUUCGUGUUUAAGAAUAACCGAUGCAUUCCUGAAGGUUUGGAGAACUAUUAUUCUGAGCAAGACUCAAGUGCUCGAGGAAAAUUCUACACUGUUAUCAACCACUAUAAUCUGGCAAAGCAAACCAUUACUCGUUCAGUAUCACCAUGGAUGACUGUAGUGUCUGAAGAAAAAGUUUCAGCACAGGAAACAGAAGCUGCUGAAAAAACUGCUUAGAGGGACAUUCCAAAAUACUCAUCACACUUCAGGAAAAAAUUUUAAAAAAGUCACCGAACUCCGAAGAUUAACUUUAAAUAUAAUUAUCGGUAACCCCAAAGCCAUCUUUGCUAUUGUUGUAUAUUUAUCUGCAAAUGAUAUCCAUAUACAUUAAAUUAUUGCCAGAUCAUCUUAGAAUUUAAAAAUGAAAAAAUGUAAAUUCAGCAUAUAGUGUUAUGUUCAUUUUUGUUAGAAUGGAAUUGCAUAUGUUGUAAUCAUUAGCAUUAAAAUGACUGCUAAACUGUUUAGAAAUUUGUAAAAUGUUAAAAUAAAUACUCUCUUAGGAGCCAUGACACUGAUUUUCUGAAGAGAAGUGCAAAUGCUGUUAACAGCAGAUGUUUCUAUUACUUGUAAUUGUAUUUAAAGUUGACUGUCAGAGCUAAUAAACUAGGCUGUGUUUAAGACACUGGUGGGAAUAGCUGGAUUGCCAUAUAAGAAACUUUCAAGUAUUUUUUCUGUUUAUCUUCACUUUGUCAUCUUAACUAUUUUCUGAUUUGUAAGUAAUACUGAAACUCAUUGCAACAAAGGCAUGCUUGGUGUUAUUUUAUUAUAGCUGUAAGGAAAUUAUAUUGCAUUUUUCACUGUGGCUUUUGCAUCUUAGAUAGGAUGUGCACAGUAAUACAAUUAGAUAGACACUAAGAAAAUGUGCAAACACGGUAGACUUGCUUUACUAGAAAACCACAGAGAUCUAUCAGCAGUUAUUCCAGUGGAAUUAAGUGAGAAAUACUAAUCACUAACUUCAGUUAGGUACAGGUCACAGACUAAAGGCUCUAGUGUGUCACAAAUUUGUGCAGAUUAACAGUUUAUUGCUGUACUUGGUCAUUAAACUACAGAAUAUUUGUACAUAAUCUCAUAAAAAUUAACCAGUUUUGUAUCACUUAACUGUCACAGGGUAAAUACAGCGGAAAUAUAAAUAAAAAAAAAUGAGUAACUCAGUUACUACCCACAUGAAUAGGAGGGUUGGUAUAAUGGUUAAGGUCUUAAUCCCUCAGAUGAAAGGUGCAGGUUUUGAUCAUAAUCUCCGAUUAUUGGCUAGGCUUGAAAUAGUAUGCAGACUGAUAACCUAAUAUUUCCCUAUGAACAAUUGUUCUUUUGCCAGAGCAAAAAGGAAAACUGAAUCCUGAUAGAAUUGAAAAUGAUGAUAAACAAAAGCUUUUGAUGUAGUACACAUUCAAAAACUAUAACUGGUAUAAUUUGCAUGCACGGUAUUGUCUGUACAGGUUAUGCAUCACUAAAACAAUAUCCAAGUAAACCUAUGAUUGCCAUAUAUGAUUAUAGAAUAUGAUGAUGAUUAUAGAAUGUGUUCGAUUUGUUGUAUUUUGCAUAGAAUGGCAUUGCCAAGAAACCAUGAAGUGUCUGUUAUAACCUGCACAGCAUCUGAGUUGUGAAAUACAAAGAUUUAUAGAAAUAACACGUGUUUAGCAUCUCUAGUACAGUUAGAAAUUGGAAUACAGAAAAGUUACAUUUGUUCUCAAUACUGAUCUGUAGAAAACACAUUUACAGUGUAAUGCACAAUCGAAAAUAAUGCUUGUGUUUAUUUCUGUGUAGAUAUAGGCAUAAUACUGUUUCAGUCUAAAUCUAGAAAUGCAAGGGUAACAGUGAGGUAAACGGCCCUUUUUCUACUGAAGAUGAAGCUGUAAAUUUUAACUAUACUGUAAUAUUAGUAAAACAAGUCACUUGAGGCCUGCCUGUUUAUGUAUUUCCUUAACAGGUGCAAACAUGACAUUUUGUUAUUGCAUUUUGCAGUCUAAAACCGCCUUUAUUUGUGUAAUGCCAUUAGUUAUACAUGAGCAGUGCCAGCUAGGCAAAAUGAGUCAACCUGGCAUUCAAUUUCAGGGCACAUUAGUCACUGUUUCCUUACUCUACAUUGGCUGUGAUUUUCUAAUAUACAUGUCAAAAGUUUCACAGAAAUGUUUGCUGAUAAACAGAGCUGCAUGUUUGAGUUUGCAUUCAAAUUAUUUUUUUUAUCAUUUUAUGGAAUCACUCUUUGGUCUGAAUAAUAGGUCAUCUUGCAUACUGCAGAAACUGUGAAAUGGAUUAUUCAUCUCUUAGUUAAUGGUACAGUAUGAACGUGCUAUGUAACACUAUUUUGAGUCACAAUGCAUAUAUUAUAAUAAAACGUCUUUUUAUCAUGAAUGUGAUUAACACCCUUGCAGCUGUAUUACUUGAAUAAAUCUGUUCCUGUCUAAAUUCCUGUAUUCAUAUGAACCAUGUAUUGCUGAAAGUAAGCAAACACAAUUAAUCUGUAAUUUUUGACAUUUUCACUCUGCAAAAAAUAAAUGUCACGUGAAUUUA